AUGGCCUGGCCCUGCAUCACCAGGGCGUGCUGCAUGGCCCGCUUUUGGAACCAGCUGGAUAAGGCUGACAUCGCUGUGCCUUUGGUCUUCACCAAAUACACGGACGUCUCCGAGAUGAAGCACGUUCAGCUGCAACCCUCUCCCCGGGUACGGGUCGCCAUAGAAACGCAGCCGUCUCAGGCGCAUCCUGCCCGCGGGGGCACGGGGCGCACCGGGAGCCAGCGCAGGUGCUUUUCCGAGGAGCGCGCCUGCAGCUCCGUGAUGCGCGAGGACUUUAAGCACUGGACCGUGCGCCCGGAGCCAAGCUGCAAGCCCCGGAACGAGUACCACGAACCGGAGACACCGUUCAAUAGCGAAACGCAGUACCAGAAGGACUUCAAGCCCUGGCCUAUUCCCAAACGGGACCACCCCUGUAUACCCAGAACCCCAGCGAACAUCUCCAGAGGAGAUGACCGCACUCCACACAGGUCCAGGCUUGCGAAGCAUCAGGCCCAGGCUGUCAAGGACACCGGUGUGGAGAAAAGUGCUAUCGCGGACAGAGUGCAGGAGAAAGACCUUGUGCGGAGCCAAAGGAAACAUUGCACUUUUCAGCAAGAUGGGCAGAAGAAAGUGGGGGUGGAAGGAGAGGGCAAAGGCCGACCGGUGGACGCAGUCAACAGGCAGAUCAAACAGGAGAUCACAACUGGCAGCUCAUACAGAAAUGAAUUCAGAGCCUACAAAGAUGUCACACCGGCAAAGAUGAUCCGAGCAAAGUCUCAGUAUCUGCCUCCAAACGAGAAAACCAACUUAGAGACCAGCUACAACGCCACAUAUAAAGGCGCGCCACUCCAGCCUGUCGACAAUAAGGCCCAGGAGAGGAGGAGAAUACGCAGUUUGUACAGCGAGCCUUACGUAGACCCCACGAAACAGUUUGACAGGUAUAGCCUACCCCGCUCUAAACCCAAAAGGUCUGGAGCUACAACCGCAGGCCAGAGCAAGCCAGUGAAGAAGGCCAGAGAUAAGCAGAGCGCAACGGCGAGAGGCAGCAAGAAGACUGCCUCAGAGAACAAGCCUGACCGGCCAGCAGUGGGAGACAAGGAGAAAAGUAAAGAGAUGAACAACAAACUGGCUGAGGCAAAAGAGGUUGUGCUAAAACAGUACCACUACAUACAACUUUGCCAGCCAAUCCAAGAUAUAGGCUGGGUGCAGACUCUAAAACAACACCUGUGGGGCUGUGCUCUCCCUGAUCCCAGAGAUGCUAAGGACAAGCCUCUCCGACCCGGUAAUCAUCAUUCCUCGGGUGCUUCUGGAGGAGAACCACAACAACCACUGCUGGACGGACUGGAGCCACGGAGAAGCAGUGUACGCUUUGCCCUAGAUGUCAAACAGACUGAUUAG